GCUCUGAGUAUCAAAACUGGAAUAUGCAAUUUCACCAUUACUACUCCUGGUCUGUUUGCGUGUGAAAAGGUUUCCUUUGAGAAUUCUUUCAAUGGCGGGCAGGAUGUGAAAGUUUUCGUUUCCAAAAGCCACGCAACAAACAGUUAUAGUGGUGGAAAUGGCGCGGCUAUUUGGGUGGAAUCUGUGGAUAAUAAAGAAUUUACAGUUUGUGUUUUAGAGUACGGAGAUGGUUCUAGUGGGACUACGAAAGUGAACUGGAUGGCGCUGCAAUAUGUUCCUGUUGGCGCUCAACUAGGCACCGUCUCGCUAGAUUCUUGGACUACUGGAGAAAAUUGUAAAAGGAUCGCCUUUGAAAAGGUUACCUCUGUUUCCCCUUGCGUUUUCGUUAAGUUAAUAGUUCUUACUGAUUUAGGUAUUUCUGUUUGCUCAAACCUAGACACAAGAUUUCACUACUUUAUUUUUUGAGCUUUGCUUGACUAAGUGGCUUUAACUUCCUCUUUCUUUAUUUAGCUCGUAGGAGCUGCAGACUUUCCAUUUGUAGUCCUCCUUAUAUCUUUAAGUCAUGCGAUAUAACAUUGUUGCAUCAUAAAAUACGAUUCUUUAUUUGUUUACCAAGAUCUGACAUAUAUUGCUACCUCUAUUUUCUUCCAUCAAAGUUAUCUUGCAAUCUGUCCUCCACUUUUCUUGAUCAUUUCAAUUUUUUUAUUUACAUUAAUACAUCUUUAAAAAGGUUUAACAAUCUUCGUAUUUUUGCUAAUUUUUGCUCUAAAAAAUUUAGUGAGAAAGUCUAUAUUUCGAUUCCUUUUGUAUCUACGUUGCCAAGUUCAUGAUUAUCGUUUUAUUUGCUGAUUUGCAAAUUCUGUGUUUAAUUCGUAAAACUGUUCUUAGUUUUUCAUCUGCACUAGGAAAUUCCAUCCAAUUUGCUUCUUUCAAGUUCAAAAUGAUUUUUUCUGUCACUCUUCCAUCGUUUUAUAUCAUACCCUUGUUUGUUUGAAAAAGAAAUGUAAUUGAUUAUUUAUUUUCUUCUCUUUUACUUUUUCAGCGUUUCUCAAUCCCUCCGAGCAUCUACGUUAUAGCUCGUCACCAAAUUCUCAAGAGACCUCAGGAAGCCUUGGCCUUGUGGGUAGAGGAUGUACGCAGAGACCGUUUUAAGGUUUGCCUCAGGGAAACUAAGAUUUUUGAUGGUCUGCAUAAAAACAUCAAGGUGGUAAGUGAAUUCCUUUUGUUACCUGUUACAUGUUUGAAAGUAGACUCACACGACAUCCAAGCGGUUCCUCCCUUGCUGCAACUUACAGGGGCUGUGCUUUAGCAGAACUCAGUUGCCCCUGAGCUCUACCUUUGCUCUUUGCCUACUAGGAAAUCGUAGCUUUUUUUAUAGAGAUCCUAUGUUGGAUACCCUGUGAUUUACACAGGUUCAGAGCAAUGGGCUCCCUUCUCUUAGAAACAACCUUGACUUGAGAAAGAAUAUAUUGAUAACAUUGUUAAUACUUUUUCACUUGUCCUUCAGGACUGGAUAGCAUUUGUUAAGCUGAUGACGCUGAAUUUUACCUUGAUCCAUGGCCUUGUAACAACAAAGAAUAACUCACCACUAAACAAGCAACAAAACAACGCUGUCUGUCAGGUAAAGUAACUAAUGAACUAUAUAUACUGUUUUGGUUUCUCAGUCACUUAUAUUCAUAAAUAGAAAGUCUUUCAUAAGUUCAUGGAGCUCUGAUGUUGUUAUCGUUAACUAUUUAAACAAGAUAUAUCAUAUACCGCAUAUGUGUAGAAAAACUUAAGAACGCUGAUUCUUUUCUUGUUUUCUUAGAUAAUAAAGUUCACUGAUGCUUUCUAUGCCCCUCCGGUAGUAAUGGUUUCACCAAGACUCAGUUACCAUAACAACAACUCUCGUUUCUCGGCUUCCGCAACUUGUAACGCAGUUACUGCGUGGAUUCAGGUAACAAAUAUGAAACUUGGAGCCAUUUUUCUUAGUCCAUUGCGUCCUUAGGCUGCCUUUUUAUUAUCUUUUCCCUUCUAACUUACUUUUAGAAUUGUCUCUGUUUCAAUUUUUCAUGUCGUUUAAGGAGUCCAAACAAGUUUUUUUUGUUUUCUUUUUUCCCAAUUUUUCCAACCAACCUGUGCACGCCACGGUUUCGCUUUCUAAACGACCUUGGUGUACCUAGUGACAUAGUAGUUAUGGUAAGAAAAUACCUGAUGAUGCUUAAUGAUUGAUAAUCUGAUACUUCUUAUGAUUGUGUCUAGCAUACCUUUACAAACGAAACCGAGGUGUGUAUGAGAAGAUACAGCAAUAACGCCAAUUAUAAGGACAUCGUACAACUGGAUUACCUGGUGAUUGGAGGUACGUAAACAAUAUAUCAAAACCUUGGUGAAGUCUUUAUGCUGCAGUGGAUCAAGUACAUUUUGUGACAUCAAUGUUUUGAAGUUGUUUCAUGGAGAGCUUUUUUUCUCUAAUUAAUGCUAUUUUUUGUUGUCUCUAUUUUUGGGGAUUGUAGAUUUGGUUGACUGAAAGAACAUGUUACUACUAUAAUUUCGUAGCAAUAAUUUUGUGUAUUCAAGAAAAUGAGAUUUUUUUAAGAAAAUUUUAAAAUCUACAUUUCUUUGGCACACUGGUUCUCCUGAUCACGAAAUUAACAGGCUCAUAUGUGAUGUCAUAAUACAAAAAUUCAAAAAUGAAAAACGGGAACAUAUGCAUUCCUAUCCUUUUCUUAGAGUCGCCAGUGUUGUUGCAUCUAACUGCAAUGCAUCUUAUUCACAUCUUAAAGCAGUUUCAGCUUGUAAAUUGGACGAAAUUUGUGUAGAAUCUAUAUUUUUUUUCUUGUAUCUAAAGUCACGUGUUCUUUAAUUUACGUUAUAGUUUCUUAAUAUACGUCAGAGCCCCUUUGUUUCCGAGAGGCAUCCGAGUGAAGACUUGCACGAAUGGUGUGACAAAAUGGCGGUAAAUUUGAACGUGUCAAAAAAUUCUCUUUAAUAACAUUGUGUUCAAAGCAAUUUUUUUUUCCUCGCACAUUCUUAUAGUAAUGUGCAUUUUCAAGUCUAAAAAAAAUAACUUUUUAAGUUAUGGGCGCUUUAAAUCUAUCUGUUGUUAUUUGCUUAAUUAUCUUCAGACUUGGAUCCCUGCAUAGACGUUACGUGUUAUUAUCACAGCUUCUGUAAGGCGUUUGGACCCCAUGAUGCACGCUGUGUAUGUGUGGAUAGCUGCCCAUCUUACAAAGAACCCGUUUGCUCAUCAAAUGGCACAACGUACGACAACAGAUGUUUGUUUGAAAGAGAAGUUUGUCUACAUCGACUAAACUUAACCGUGCAACAUCCUGGCAGCUGUGAAGGUUAGUACAGUUGUUUUUGAAUCUGUUAAAAAGUGGUUUUUGUUUUUAUUAGAUUUCAGUAUUAAUCCCUUAGUGAAUUUUUCGAAUGAGCUAUUUACUUACCCAUGUAAUCUGGAGGGAAAAACGGCGAUAGAUGCAUGACUUUAUGGAAGUACAGAAUUUUACGUAAUUUUGCUAAAACGUUUUGUCAUGCACAGGAGCAAUACUAAUAAAAAUACUGGUCAGAAAAAGUGGCGGAUACACUUAUGUUUUAAGCAUUUUCAGUUAAUACUCAACGAAAAUAUUUGUUUUUUUUUUUAUAUGUAUCACUGAGGCAAAUUUAAAACUGAUUCUUCUCUCUGAGAUUGUAGUAUAGUAGUAGUGGUAGUAGUAAUAGUAGUCGUUUGCAUUCCGCACUCGGACGUAGCUCUGCCUAACAUAUCUGGAUAACGUCCUUUCCUAGAACGUUGGAUGUUCACUUUCCUUUCCUUUAGCGCUAAUAGGCUUGACCAGUUGCCACCGUGUAGCUCUGCUCAAGAUGCAAGUUCUAAUCUCUCCAUGACUGCUUGCCAUGCUAUUGACCUAAUGCAGUGACAAGCGACACAUUGUCCGCUGUGAACUUUCCCCUGGACUUCUAUGGUUGAGAGUAACAACCCUCUUUAUAAGAACCACUCAUUUGCUGCUUUGUUAACAUUUUUAAGUUCUGGGUAAAUGCCCUUUGCUCCGCAUGCUUGUCAUACUAAUCUAUAGUUCAUCUUGAAAUGUGUUUUCUAGGAUUUCCUUUUCAGCGUGGUCGUCGCCACAUGCCACAUAUUCCAUCCUUGGGCUACUCUCACUGUCUUGCCAUUCAUUUCAAACCGUUUGUGUUUUACCCUGACAAACCCAUUCAAGUGCAGAUAACUGUCAAUCAUAUGGAUACCAGUGACAAAUCGUAUGUCCAUGACGCGGCAGUAUCGUGGGUUGAAAAUGUGAAUAACGACGGAUUCACUGCUUGUGUGAUGGCGGCAGGAUAUAACGAACGAAAGUCGUAUGCUAACGUGACAGUUGAUUGGAUGGCGUACCAAGGUGCUCCAGUAGGUGGCGUGACUGGUGAAGUGCGCAUGUCACAGUGGUGGACUGGUACGACUUGUGCGAUUGUCAUGUUUCCUUCAGUGAGUGGCCUUUGUUGGGUUUUCUUGUCCUUUCCAUUCUUUUCAAGAUCAUAUCUUUUGAAACGCCUCACUUCUACUUAGGUCACUCAGUUAAUAACAGAUCGUCUUUAAUAUGCAUCAGCAGUGAUUUGUCGUUCUGGUGCAGCCGUACACUUAUUACCAAUAUUCGAACAACGUCAUAGUAGUACAAAUUAUUCGUUUACCAAUUUCCAGCAUAUCACAAAUGCCCUGGGUUCCUUUUUGCAAAAAUACGAAAUUGAUUCCUGUUCGCGGCUUUCUAAGAGUUAAGAGUUGCCUAACUCGGAUUUAUUUUUCAGGGAAAAUUCUCUGUGAUACCGUCGGUAUUUGUGACUGCCAAACAUUAUAAUCCAGGAUUAAAACGUGACGCAGCAAGCGUAUGGAUUGAAGAUGUCACACAAUCAUCCUGCAAAGUUUGCUUGAGAGAACUGCAAAACUACGCUGGAUCACACCAAGACGUUGUUGUUGUAAGUAACGCUAAUCUCAUGGAAUCGAACGAACAGCGUUUUUCGUUGGAAACUAAGUGCAGCAGAUUGGUAUCUUUCUCCAUCUCAUCUUUUCGCUCUUUUACGCUUCCAGCAGUUGGUCCAGCAGAGAUGCACGAUUUUUUGCUUGAAAAUAUUUUUCCCUCCAUCUGUUUCCUCUUCAUCCGGCUUUGUCAACCCAACCAUGUUAUUGCUUUCUUGUAACCUAAGAUGUCGGUGGCUGUUUUAUAUAAACCUUGUUGAGAGAUUACCAUUUUAUUUUCGACGUUGACACAAUUUUUUUGUAGUUAGGACGUGAGACUGAAAAAGAAUUCUUUCUUUUUAUUGUUAUUUAUUUAUUUAUUUACUUUAUUUCAGAAUUGGUUAGCGUUUUCAUAUCUUGACGAGCCUCCCUUCUCAGAACACAAUUCGAUUUACUUUUCGAAUGAUAAAUCUCCCGCGCAGAGUCAUUAUAAUGCCUUCUGCAAGGUCAGUACUAGUUCCAGUCCUUUCAUUAGUCUUUUGGGUUUCAAUUCCCGUCACAGUGCAGUUAAUUUUAUUGAAUAAAUUUACUAUCAGAGAGCAAAAGAAAACGGUUCCCCUGUCAUGUCUCUAGUGAUGGUAGUUACAUUUAAUCAGUUUAUCAGUCUGCCUGUCAUAUUUCAGUAAACAUUUAAAAUGAAAAUGAAAUAUAGAUCAUAAAUGCCCUUAUGUGGAAAAAGUCUUUACCUUUUUAUAAAGUUUUAUAAUUAUGUAAUUUCUUUUCACAGGACGCUACUUUUAAUAAAGUUUAUAACUCAACUCCACAUGUUUUUGUUUCUGCCAAUCAUUCCACCAAAAAUGGAAGUCAGAGUCCAAUUCAUAACAGCAUAGCUGAGUGGGUAGAGGUAUGUUUUUAGUAAUUUAUUUAAUUAUUUUCUUUUCAUUUAUUUUAUGAAUUUCUGUAACAUACCACUUGCAACCACACUUACAUGUGUUGUGUGGAUGUUUAAAAACCUUAUGAAAAUACGAGUGACUGUAAUUAACACUCUCUAUUUUACAAUACAGAUAGCGUUCUAUUGAGAAUAACAGCUUAUAGAAUACAAAACGUGCGAAAAACAGCACAAAAGUUAAAUUUUAUCCGUUUAAAUAUCGAUUGGGCAUAACCCUUGGCUAGUAAAAUGGCCAUGAGUUAUGGAACGUCGUUAAAACUGUGUUUAAAAAAGCUGUGUAGCUGUAUAGCGGAAGGUAAGCAAAUGUUGACAAACAAAAAGCAAUGAGAAAACUAAAAUUGAUGUUGAGCAAGAGAGAAUGAGCUAAGCGUGCAAAUCCCUGUGCCCCAUGAUGAAUAUUUGAAAAUAUUGAAAGUUCGCACGCGUGCGAUGAAGGUUCUACUUUCCCGUGAACGCGACAUAUUUCGCCUCCAAACAUUUGAAGUUUGACAGCAGUUAAAGCAAUUAUCGCAUGAGAGGUUUAAGUUGUUGACAUGUAAUAACGCGCACUCAAUUGUCCUCUUUCCUCUUCCCUUUGAAGCCCUGUCAUGCAAACUUGUUGAACAGGGUUGAUCACUUCUUAAUAUGCGUCAAACUGAGAAAUAUGGAACGUCUUCUGGUCAAGACCUACCUGAACUGUUGUAUAGUUUUUUUUCUGCUAGCAAGGGAGAAAAUACACCGUCCGCCGUCUGUGUGAACUACUUAAUGAGCUGAUAAACAUCCCUUUCUUGCAGUACAUCAACAAGACAGGCUUUCGUGCUUGUGUCAAAGAAUUAUAUGAAGCAAAAUAUGACCCAUUGUCAGUAACGUACACAGUUUUGUCAGGUACUACUGCUACAAAACUAAUCAUAAACUUCAGUACUUACCAACUCUGUGAAUAACGAAAAAGCAAUACAAGCAAUACACAAAAGGAAUGCACAAAAACUGGAAGAAAUAAAAAAAAAAAUGUAUUUGGGUGAUGAUGAAAAACAACGUUCAUCCCCUUUUCCAAAUAGAUAUUAAUGUGUAUAAUAGAGUGCUUUAUAAUACUUGCAGUUGUCUCUCUCUUAUGUAUUGCCUUUAUUUUGUCCUGAACAAAAAGCUUCUGCUUUUCCAUUUCCUUUUUUAAUCGCAAAACCGGAAAUAACAAAAAUGUUCGAAGUGCAUAAUUGCACCUAAAGCUAUACAUUUUAAGCAAUGUCAUUUUGGACUUCACUAAUUCCUACUUUGUAUACGCGCAGACAUCUGUCCAUCUGGAUGGGAUUACUUCAGUGGAUACUGCUAUUUAACAAGCUCUGUAUGCGCUCCUUGGGUGACUGCUGUGUCCAACUGUUCAGCAAUGAACUCACAUCUGGUAACAGUGCACAACCAAGAAGAAAAUGUCUACCUUCAGCACCGUCAUAAUGGAGAGCGAUCAUGGAUUGGACUUAAUGACCGAAGCGUUGAGGGAUCAUUUGUCUGGACCAACAAGGAAAUAACCAGUUUUCGGUUCUGGGCUCCGCAACAACCAAACGACUGGAAAAACGAAGACUGUGUUCACACUCUGGGUGCCAAUGAUGGCUACACUUGGAACGAUGUGUCCUGCGAUAACUGCUAUAACUUUACUUGUGUUCAAGGUAAAAGCGGUCAUCUGGUCCGUUUUACAACUUACAUUAAAUGAUCUGUUAGUUGGCACCUAAGGUAAUCUUAUCUUCUGCAAAGGGUUGUGGUUCACUUCAAUAUUUUAUGCUAGAAAUGUAGCCAAAACGACAAAAAAACCACCCAAUGUUAGCGCGCAUGAAUGUAGUAUCAUCUUUCAGUCAUAGUUGGUAGAGAAGACUGGUUAUGAAAGCUGGCAAACGGAAUAAAAGCUUAAGAUUUUAACAUAGGUGCUGCAGUUUAUGUUGGUAGCUAUCUUCUUUUUUUCUCACAAAAUGCGAAUGAAUAAAGUUAGGCAAUGUUUUUAUCGCCUGUGUACAGACCCCCCUUGCCCUUUUUGAGGGGAGGGGGCGUCCGUACAGAGGCUACGAUUUUAUUGGUGAAAAGGAUCAAAAUGAUAGGAAUGCUAUUGAACUUUUCACAACGUCGGAUGAGUCCAAAAAAGGUAACCAAAAAAAACAUAUAUACUGGUAUAAUAAAGACGUUUGUAGGGCUUCGAAGGCACUGCACUUUUAUGAACUAAUUUUCAGUUUAUGUUUCAAACCUGACCGACUAUGUCAAGGUAAAAAUGGGCUCGCGACCGAGCUUAUUAGACAGUUGUUAAGGUGUCAUAACGUGAGGUGGAAGCAUUGUGUCCAGUGUUUGGUAAAAUUCAAAGAAAUUUCGCUUUUUCUUUUCAAGAGUUUUAUGAUGAAUUCAAGUUGAGAAUAUCAUUUCAGAAAAUAAGCACUUCGCAAGGUUAUCAACUAUAGAACAUGUGAGUGAAUGAAACACCGUGAUUUCUUUUAGAAAUUGACGAAUGCACUACUAACUAUCACAGAUGUAAUGUGAAUGCUGCUUGCCAGAAUACUGCGGGCUCAUACAAAUGUACUUGCAAAGCUGGAUACUCUGGAAAUGGCCGCAAAUGUGUUGGUAAGUACUGAAGUUUGCUAUAAAUGUCUUCCAUAUUUUGCCCUUUUGUUCGCUAACUGAUCAACUUAGUUGUCCUCUGUUCUGAUUUUAUUUAUAGACUAAAUAAAUAUGCUUUAUAGUGUAUACACAGAACUGUUAUGAUUUUUUGUGGUCGAAACUUUCUAAUUAGCCCUUAGUGGGUAUUUAAUCGGAAUUUUAAGCAGUAAAAGAAUAUUUGCACUAAUGUGUGGAACAACCUUUUUCACGAAUUUUCAUUCCUUCAAUCAAAACAAUUACGAACUUCCGUUUGGGGACAUAUUUGUUUUGACUUUAAGAACUUCACUGGUAAUAACGUAAAAGUUUGAGUUGAUUUAAAAAAGACUCGAAAAUGAAAAUUUCACUUUUAGGCCUCAAGGUCGCCCCAAUUCAGACUGAAGGCAAUAAAAAGCCCCCAGGGGUCUGACAUGUCUGAAUGAGGAAAGUCGGGAGGAAAUGUCAAGGAAGGUAUUACCUUGUUGUUUUCGGCGCAUGAAAUCAGUGUUUUAUAAUUUUGUCUUUGUUUUUAGAAAUCGACGAGUGUAAGAGCAAAACCCAUAACUGUAACAAAAAUGCGUUAUGUAACAACACUGAGGGGUCUUUUACUUGCACCUGCAAUCGCGGUUACAAGGGAGAUGGAAAGAAGUGUAGAGGUAUCUAUCUAGCGCUCUUUAAAGGUGGCUUCCAGCGUCGCGUAAUUUUUACGUGCGUAGGCUCUUUAGUUUUAAGUACGUAUAUAAAAUAAGUGCUAUGUAUCACAGGUUGUGCGUAAACGUAAAACUUGAACCUGCUCAACUUUUACACGCGGCCUUUCAUACAUUGCCUCCAGGGCCCUGACUACCUCUAUUAUAUUUACGCGCGUACAUUUUACGUGCGUACGCACAUAAAUAUUACGCGGCAGUGGAAAUCCACCCUAAGUUCUUGAUCACCUAACGAUAUAGUUUUUACAUCCAGCACGUGCGUUCAUUCCAUUGCUUGUAUUUAUUCUCCCUGGCACCGGUUGUUCAAACGCUGGAUAGCGCUUUGCAUCAGAUAAAUCACUACACAGUGGAUAAGUAUUAGUAAAACUGACUGCGCUGUCUACUGCAUGGUGAUUUAUCUAGCGGCUAGCCUUAUUCAGCUUUUGAACAAAUUGUCCAGGUAAUUUUAUAACACUACCAUAGCCACACAAGCCGUCGCGUUCAUCUGUAACGUAGAUUUAAAAGAAUAGAAUGUAAAGGAAGAAUUAUCAGUUUACUUGCCUUCUAAAGGUAAAAUAAAUGCAGUUUAUGAUUUUCAUUUAGAUAUCGACGAGUGUACAAGCAAAAUCCAUAAAUGUGACAGAAAUGCGUUAUGUAAGAACACUGAAGGGUCUUUCACCUGCACCUGUAAACCCGGUUACAAGGGAGAUGGCAAGAAGUGUAAAGGUAAAUAUCUCAGUAGAACACGCAAUUAUCGCAUUCUCUGCUUUUAAUUUAUUAGACUGAGGCAAACACAUUUGUCGUGGAUUCUUAGCUGUGAACUGGAAUUAGCCUACAGUACGUACAGGCUUAAGCCGGGAAAUCUGUUCAAAUGCAUUAUUAUUUUUAAUAAUUUUCCUCCCUAGUAGCCUCAACUCUAAAUUACUUCUACUUCCUGCAACAGGAAUCACUGCUCAUCUGAAUGAAUAAAGCAAGAUCCGGGAAGCCGUUUACCUGUAUAUUAUUAGUCAGAUUUUGAGUCUCUUUUCACAGUUGAUCUCUAAUGUUGAUAUCUAUUUUUUUGUAGCGACACGCGGGCUGUUUUCCUACGAUCCCGCUCAAUCCUGCAAAGAAAUCAAGGACUUAGGUACCUCCAAUGGCGACGGGGAGUACUGGAUUGACCCUGGAAGGACUAAUAGUCCUUUUAAGGCAUAUUGUGACAUGACAACUGACGGAGGUAUGGUUUGAGUUGAAGCUAGGGGAAACCCAUUUUUUUAAAAAGUAAGUUCAGGAAAUCCUAAAUACCUACCUUGAUCUAAUACCUAAAAACAUGGCCAAAACAGCAAAACUACAUCUCAUACUUGAAGAAUAUCUUCAAGACAAAGCAUCCCCUUGGAUCCUGAAUUUGCCGAGGAACAGGAACGUGAAAUCCAUCAGUUUAUCAAUUUAUCUUAUAACUGUCAAGUGUUACCAUGGAGAAGUUGUUUGAAUGAAUAAUAAUAUGCAUUUUUUGCGCCAAGCCUCGUUUUAGUAUCAAUUUCACACUAGCAAGCGCCCAGCGAGUCACGAAUUUCUUAGUCUCAGGUUCCUAGUUCUGUACAGUACCGCAAACGAUCCUCAAAGUAGACCGUAAAUGAUCCCCAUUGUCGACCGCAAGUGAUCCCGUGAAAAGUAGAGGACUGGAAUACUGUUUUAGGCAUGGAUGGUGAAUGUGCUGAGAGUUUGCACAUCGCGUAGAACAAUGAAUAAAUAAAACUGUUUCUUUUGGUACUUUUUUCUCCUUUCGUUAUUCAAGCAUUUGAUGUUUCGUUGCUGUGAAGAUUUAGGACAGGAAGGACGUUAAGAAGGAAAUUUUUCUUUCAUUUUAACGCCUAGGAAUAGGGAAAUAUGACCCCGGAAUAUGAUCCCUGUAUUUAUCACUCUGUACAGGUUUUUGGUUUAUUUCGAAAUACGUUUAGCAACUUAGCCUGCGAAGCGCCAGACGCAUUUCCGGAAAUGCGUCUGGCGCUUCGCAGGCUAUUAGCAACUACAACUCGUGAAAAUGUUGCGCCUAGGGGUAAGGACCCUGUCGGCGCAAACCUGUAUAUUCAUUUUCUGUGUCUUUACUGCUGGAGACACAGACAGUUACAAAGAUACAACAUUAGGGAAAGAGAAACGAAGGAACAACGAUUAAGGGGAAAAUUUUGUACCCAUGAGCAAAGAAUUAUCUUAAUGGGGUUCAGUCUACUAGAGCGAGCUUUUAUCUGGUUUUUUUUUUCGGAGAUUUUCGCGGUUACAAAAGUUAUCAUUUUCUAAAGUUUAUACGAAGUAUCCAAAAGAUCGGAUUUGAGCAAUUUUUUCUUAUUGCAUCUAAUUGUUCUACAGUAUGUGAGUUUUAGUUCAGUUAAGCUCAGGAGCCUAUCAAAUGGGCUCCUGUUAAGCUUUAAUGUUAACCAGCAAUUAAGCAGAGCUAUUGUUUUACUGGUUGCAUUUAAGUUCUUUUUAAUUUUUGUUUGCAUUUAUUUGUGUAAUGUUCAAGGUUUCUUUCUUUUUCAGUCUUGGCAUUUAUUUGUUAAAUUAAUUCAGUUGAAUUAAUUCGUUUUGUUGCGAUAAUAAACGUGACACGAUGAACCAGUAACUUAAGUCCAGGCCAUUCUCGGAUUUUCCUCUCGGGAUCAUUUGCGGUCGACAAUGAGGAUCAUUUGCGGUUCAUUUUGGGGGAUCAUUUUUGGUCUGAGGACCACUGACGGUCACGCGGGAUCAGUUGCGGUACUGUUCAGUUCGCCUGAGUAAUAUUGUAAAACAUUGAUAUAAAGGCUCACAGCGGGUAGCCUCCCAAGUUUUUAGGGGUUCGUCACGCGUUCCUGCCCAUGGGAGGCUACAUCUGGGUUUCCGCCGUGUGAAUUAUUUUGAACUGAACAUUACUGCUUGUUUUGGCCCACAUGACUUGAUAAACCAAAUGCAAUGAUAAACAUUUAUCGAAUUUCAGGGGGAUGGCUUCUUGUAUCGAACGUUGUUUCGCACGGUUCAUCUCCCACUCAGUUGCCAGUUAAGACAUCGUACCGCGGAGUAAGCAGCAAAGAGAUGGUACUCACAAAAAGCGCCAUGAAGGAGCUGAGGAAGCACUUGCAUUUCACUCGGAUAAGAUUCCGCUGCAAAAAAAGAGGAGGUCGUACAUUUCACAUCACCACGGCUGCUAACAGCAAAGGUGAGGCUGCUGUGAAGUACUUCAGUGGUGAGACAGAUGUGAUGCCUGCCUCUUGCGGCUCGUUUGUGAUCAUGAGCAAUGAUAACUCGCGGUUAGCAAGAACCUGCAAGGAUUGGGGAUACCAAAGAGGUUCCUACAAAGUUGGCAAAUGGGGGCAUGAAAGAGAUCAGGAUCGAUUAUACAACCACGCUGCUUUUGUAAUGGUAGCUUACCACUGGCUUCUUACACCAUCUAGCAGGUGGGAAUGCGACGAUUAUAAUGUGGGAGUGUCCCAUGGCGAUUUUUGGAAAGUCUUUGUGCGAUAG